GUUAAGACAUUGCAGUUGUUGUUUUUUACCAUUAUAUAGUGUGUGCUUUUCAACAGAAUGAAAUUAACAUGAUGGACAAUAACUGUACGUUAUUCCGCGGUUUAGUUUCAUGUACAAUUUGCAUCUACGUAUUGCUGGUGUGGUAUUGAUCAGAGAUUCACUGCUUGGAUGUACAGAUAUUGUGGUCAAUCUAAGGUCGUGAGCUUUUUAAAACGCACAUUUCCAAGGCAAUACUGGCACAUCGCUGCUGUGCUAUUUAUACAUCCGUCGUUUGGAUUGUGACAGAGAUUCAAGGUCUUCCUCCAGCCAAUGGAAAUUCUCCAAUACUCUCCAUAAACAGCGGGCGCAGCCGAAGCACUAUUCGUGAAGUUUAAACGGUCGGAGUAAAGUUUAGCAAUAUGCCAGAAACCGUUGCAAUAGAUGACAAAAAGGACGAAGGGGCAGCUGCCCCUAAGGAGUCCAGGAGCAUAGUGUUGUCCGGUUUUGGUGGUUUGAAGAUGCUGAAAGUGCAGAAGAAGCCGGAAUCCAAGCCGGGCGACGGGGAGGUUGCUAUCAGAGUGAAGGCGUGUGGCUUGAACUUCCUAGACCUGAUGGUGCGCCAGGGGGUCCUGGAUAGCCCGCCGAAGACGCCGGUUACCAUGGGCUUCGAGUGCUCCGGCGAGGUCGAGGCCGUUGGGGAGAACACGCCCGGCAUAGCGAUCGGAGAUCACGUUAUCGCGUUUACGGACUACGGCGCGUGGGGGGAGCUGGUGGUUGCGUCUGCGCGCUACGUGUUCAAGAUGCCGUCCAACAUGAGCUACCAGGACGCCGCGGCGCUGCCCAUGAACUACCUGGCCGCCCACAUCAUGCUCUUCGACAUCAGCAACCUCCAGAAGGGCAUGUCCGUGUUCGCGCAGAAUAUCGGCGGCGGUGUGGGCCAUGCAAUCACUCAGCUGUGUAAGACCGUCGAGGACGUCACUCUGUAUGGCACAGCGUCAGCGCACAAACAUGACGUCAUCAAAAACAACGUCACGCACGUUAUCGACAAAAGCGGGGACUACAUUCAGGAAGUGCGGAAACUGGCCCCUGACGGUGUGGACAUCGUGCUGGACUGUAUUUGCGGAGAGGACACAAACAAGGGGAUAUCACUGCUGAAACCCAUGGGCAAAUACGUACUGUACGGUUCCUCAAGCAUCAUCACCGGUGAGACGAAGAGCUUCUUUAGCUUCGCUAAGUCAUGGUGGCAAGUGGACAAGGUCAGCCCCAUAAAACUGUACGACGAGAACAAGACGGUGUCAGGGUUCCAGCUGCGCCACCUGGCGUUCCAACAGGGCCGGGAUCAGGUCAUCCGGGCAACCAUGAACAAACUCUUCCAACUUUACAGCCAAGGCAAGAUCCAGCCCGUUGUUGACUCCACGUGGGCAUUCGAGGAUGUUGCGGACGCCAUGCAGAGGAUGCACGACCGCAAGAACAUCGGCAAAAUCAUCCUUGACCCUGCCAUGGAACCAAAACCAAAGGUUGUUACUAACGCUGAGGCGACCCCCGGACAGGAAGAAACCAAUGAGGAGAAACCGGAAGUUGAUGAGCACAAGGAGCAACCCGCCGUGAACGGCCAAUAGGCGUGAAACGUCAUGUCUCCUGACCUAGGAAAGUCGUACUCUCACGAAGAGCUUCAUACUUGAACGAUUUCUAGUGCAUUUUAUGAGCGGUCUAAAGUUGAUUUCGUUGUAAACAAAAUCCUAAAAAUUCACCAAAGACACGCAUGUUUUAAAAUAAAGAGACCUUAAUCCUCAUUCAACGUUACUAAGAAAACAACCGCACCGCCGGGUAUGAACAAGAGCAGGAGACGAUGUAUAGGGAACAAUCUUAUCAAAUUCCUUUAAGGGUACAAUAUGGUGAGGGUACGGCUUGGUAAUAAAUAAAUGCGUCUAUAUAUAUGUGUGUUAAACUAAUGGUAGUAACAAUUCGUCCGAAGAGUUGACGAUAUAUUAUGAAUAUGGGUAAAAUGUGACGACAGUCACUUGUGAGUGGCAGCUUUAAGCUGUGCAAGAACUAAACCACUUUUAACUUUGACAACGGUGCAUAUUAUGAUAUGAAACAAAUAUAUAAAAAUACAUUAUCGUGUGCUAAUCAAUCUUGUAUAGUGUGGCUUGUUGUGUUGGUUAUUUUCUUAUCCCUAAACUUUUAACUUGUUCCUAUAGCUAGUAUUUAAAGCAACAAUUAACAAAUAAAGGAUGGCGAUGUAUUAUUAUUUCCCUAUAAUUAUACACAUUUACCUGUAAAUUGGUUUGCAUUUUAUUUGUGAUAGCGGCAUUUGAAUAAACAUGGGUUUUGAUUA